CCGCCCCCGUCCCGCACAAGGCAACCGGGGCCAGACGUCUGUCAGGUCGGGGGGACAAGGGCAAAGCGUUCGCGUGUAUGACCCAGCCACAAGUCGGACAAGCAUCACUUUGUUUUCAAUAACUUGUUUCGAAUUUCUUUUACUCCACUUGAAGUCAAGUUUCGAAGGCCCACCGAAAAGAUGAUGACCAUGACCCACAUGGAGAGCACGGUGCGUUACGACAACGGCUACGAGGAUGAGUACAUGCUCCAGGAGGACGAGUGGGACCGGGACAUGCUGCUCGACCCGGCCUGGGAGCAACAGCAGAGGAAAACCUUCACUGCCUGGUGUAACUCACACCUGAGGAAAGCUGGCACUCAAAUCGAAAACAUUGAAGAUGACCUGAGAAACGGACUGAAACUCAUGCUGCUUCUGGAAGUGAUCUCAGGUGAGAGGUUAUCUAAGCCGGACAGAGGGAAGAUGCGCUUUCACAAGAUUGCUAACGUCAACAAAGCACUGGAUUUCAUCACGAGCAAAGGGGUAAAACUGGUCUCCAUCGGAGCUGAAGAGAUUGUGGACGGGAAUGUGAAGAUGACGCUUGGAAUGAUCUGGACAAUAAUUCUCCGCUUUGCCAUUCAGGACAUUUCUGUUGAAGAAACAUCUGCCAAAGAGGGCCUCCUCUUGUGGUGUCAAAGAAAGACUGCCCCCUACAGGAAUGUCAAUGUUCAGAACUUCCAUGUGAGCUGGAAGGACGGCCUGGCCUUCUGCGCCCUGAUUCACAGACACAGACCCGACCUGCUCGACUACUCUAAACUCAGCAAGGAUGAUCCUCUGGGCAACCUGAACCUGGCUUUUGACAUAGCGGAGAAACACCUGGACAUUCCCAAAAUGCUUGAUGCCGAAGAUAUCAUCAACACCCCCAAGCCUGACGAGAGAGCCAUCAUGACGUAUGUGUCCUGCUUCUAUCAUGCUUUUGCUGGCGCCGAGCAGGCUGAAACGGCUGCCAACAGAAUCUGUAAAGUGUUGGGUGUAAACCAGGAGAACGAGAAGCUGAUGGAGGAGUACGAGAGGCUGGCCAGCCAGCUGCUGGAGUGGAUCCGCCGCACCACUCCCUGGCUGGAGAACCGGACCCCGGAGAAGACCAUGGCAGAGAUGCAGAGGAAGCUGGAGGACUUCCGGGACUACAGACGCCAGCACAAGCCUCCCAAGGUGCAGGAGAAGUGCCAGCUGGAAAUCAACUUCAACACCCUGCAGACCAAGUUGCGCAUCAGCAACCGGCCUGCUUUCAUGCCCUCCGAGGGCAAGCUGGUGUCUGAUAUUGCCGCAGCAUGGCAGGGCUUGGAGCAUGCGGAGAAAGGCUACGAGGAUUGGCUCCUCACGGAGAUUCGCAGGUUGGAGAGACUGGACCACCUGGCCGAAAAGUUUCGCCAAAAGGCCACCAAUCAUGAAAAUUGGGCCAGCGGCAAAGAAAUGUUACUCUCCCUGAAGGAUUACGAAACUGCCACCUUGACACAAAUCAAGGCGAUGCUUCGAAAACACGAGGCCUUUGAGAGCGACUUGGCAGCCCACCAAGACAGAGUGGAGCAGAUUGCCGCCAUUGCGCAGGAGCUCAAUGAGCUGGACUACCACGACGUGGCAGCUGUAAACCAGCGCUGCCAGAGCAUCUGCGACUUGUGGGACCGACUGGGAACCCUGACCCAGAAAAGGAGGGAAGCCUUGGAGCGCACAGAUAAGCUGCUGGAGACCAUCGACCAGCUGUUCCUGGAGUUUGCCAAACGCUCGGCUCCUUUCAACAACUGGAUGGAGGGAGCCAUGGAAGACCUGCAGGACAUGUUUAUGGUGCACACCGUAGACGAAGUCCAGAGUCUAAUUGCGGCUCACGAGCAGUUCAAAGCGACUCUCCCGGAGGCGGAUGCUGAGCGACAGGCCAUCCUGGGAAUCCACAAUGAGGUGCAGAAAAUCUCCCAGAGCUACGGGAUCAAGGCCAACAUCAUCAACCCUUACAGCGCCAUCACCACCGACGAGCUCCUUGUCAAAUGGGACAAGGUCAAGAAGUUGGUUCCGCAGCGAGACAGCGCCAUGCAGGAGGAGCUGGCACACCAGCAUGCCCAUGAAAGGUUGAGGCGCCAGUUUGCCGCACAGGCUAACUUAAUUGGACCCUGGAUCCAGGCCAGGAUGGAGGAGAUUGGACGCUGCUCCCUGGAGAUUGGCGGCACCCUGGAGGACCAGAUGACCCAAUUGAAGCAGUGCGAGCACGUCAUCGUCGCUUACAAGCCCAACGUGGACAAGCUGGAGGGAGAUCACCAGCUCAUCCAGGAGUCGCUGGUGUUUGACAACAAACACACCAACUACACCAUGGAGCACAUCCGCGUUGGCUGGGAGCUGCUCCUCACGACAGUCGCCCGCACCAUCAACGAGAUCGAAACCCAGAUCCUGACCCGCGACGCCAAGGGCAUCAGCCAGCAGCAGAUGAAUGAAUUCAGAUCAUCUUUCAACCACUUUGAUCGGAAGAAGAAUGGUGCCAUGGAGACGGAUGACUUCCGAGCCUGCCUCAUCUCGAUGGGCUACGAUCUGGGCGAGGUGGAGUUCGCCCGGAUCAUGAUCCUUGUCGACCCCAAUGGCACUGGAAUCGUCUCUUUCCAGUCUUUUAUUGACUUUAUGACCAGAGAAACUGCUGACACCGACACUGCCGAGCAGGUUGUAGCGUCCUUCCGGAUUUUGGCGGGCGACAAGCCGUACAUCCUGGUGGAGGAGCUGAGGAGAGAACUUCCUCCCGAGCAAGCCGAAUAUUGCAUCAUGAGGAUGCCGCCCUACAGAAUCCCAGGAGCGCCACCGGGGGCGCUGGACUACACCGCCUUCUCCACCGCCCUCUAUGGGGAGAGUGACCUCUAACCCCUCACAUGGCAGCCCCCGCCUGUUACCUAGAAAAUGCCUGCUUGAUACACAGAAAUAUUCAUACACAAAAUGAAAUGCAUUGUUUUAAUAAAGUGAGACCUUGCAGUUACUCUUUGGGAAUACCACAUCAAAAGGCAUUUCCAGAUGCUUUAAAGGAGACAUAUUAUGCAUUUUGAAAAACAUUUAAAAACACCCCAGUUUUAAUAACAUGUCUGUGACAUGCUUUCAUAAAUUUUUUUUUCGAGGGAUCAAGAAUUAUUGCACACUUAUUUCUCACCUUGUUGAAACAAGCCCAUUUUAAGGGGCCGGACCUGUGUCAUGCAAGUGACCGCCGUGACCCCGCCCCUUUUACUGCCGGGCCAAUGGCAACUCAGGCUUUUGGUUUCACAUUUGUGGGUGAAGAGUCCAGCGUGUAUAAUACACCACAGAACGCAUUCUGUCUUGUGGAAGAAAAUGUCAUACAUUUUAUGUAUGUGGCAGAACGCAACGCAGCUCUGCUUACCUUUUAGCCUCAACGUGAUAACAGGGGUUUAUGGGUGUGCCUGCUUGGUAGUAUCUCAGACAGUCAGUUUUCUGUAAUAUGUCCUCUUUAAGUUAAAUGGAAAAACAAGUGAAGACGUAUUCAAUAAAUUAAUUCCCAAAUUACACCCGAAAAAUAUAUUAUCCAAAUGGACGGCCUGGAAAAACACAUGAACGCGCAUGCAUGUUUCAACUUAUUUUUCAUUUUAGAUAUACACUCAUAAAGUCUACUUUGGACAACAACGACAACCGGCUGGAUUGGUCUCCUGUAACUUUUCAUUGUGCCUAUAAAACAAAUUGAAAUAAUUGUAUUCAGACAA